AUGCCUCUCACAAAGGAUCUCCUUCAUCCCUCUCCAGAAGACGACAAGAGGAAACACAAGAAGUGCCUGGGGCAGAUCCCCAGUUCCUGCUUCAUAGAUGUGAGAUGUCCAGGAUGCUCUACAGUCACAAUGGCCUUUUCCUAUGCACGAACAGUAGUUUCAUGUGUUGGCUGCUCCACUGUCCUCUGCCCACCUAUAGGAGGAAAAACAAGGCCUACAGAAGGAUGUCCCUUCAGGAGGAAGUAG